GAUGUGUGUCAGUGGAAUCAGCCGUCGCUCAUGUGUGUGGUGUUUGACAUCACCAGCGAAGCCUCGUUCACCAGCUGCAGCCGCUGGAUCGACAGGAUCAGAUCACACUGCAACGGGCUGCAGGUGCCAGGUGUGCUGCUGGGGAAUAAGAGUGACCUGUCGUCCAGAAGAGAGGUGGACGCCGCCGCCGCCGCUCAAUCAUGGGCUCAGAGUCACGGGAUGGAGUAUCACGAGACGUCUGCUAAGGAGAUCGGUCAGAAUGAAGCUCCGUUCCUGAGUCUGGCUCGAGCGUUUCUCUUGCUCUAUCAGGAUCAGAUCCAGAUCAUCCAGAGCCUCGUUUAACCUCAUCCACAGUCAGUCAUAUGCGUCAUGUACAUUUCAGUGUCCUGUUGUGUGUUUUUUUCUGUGGUCUGA